AUGGAUUCUCACAUAAGCACAGGCCACGGGGGAGUCAGCAUGACAAUGUCAAGUGUACGAGAGAGGUUUUGGGUAUCAAGGUUGAGAAAGCUUGUAAAGAAAUUGAGAUUUAAGUGUGCAGGAUGCAAGAGAUUUCAUGCAAGAGCAUUCAACAGUCCACCACCUGGGAUUCUACCAGAGGACAGAACUGGGGGGAGUAGGCCAUUUGAGGUGAUCGGCGUUGACUACGCAGGGCCAAUCCGAUACAGGUGUGGGAAAGCGAUAGAGAAGAAAGCAUAUGUUCUUUUGUUUGCCUGCAGCCUCACUCGAGCUGUAUACAUUGAGGUUGUCACUGACAUGACAGUAGAGCAGUUCAUUCCAUGCCCGAAAGGGUUGAUUGCAAGACGCGGUAGACCUUCCAACAUAUAUUCAGACAAUGCUAAGACGUUUAUUUCAGGCGCUGAGAAGCAAAAAGCCAUGCUGAAGAGUGAGAGAUUCAACGAUUAUCUGGCGAGGAACGACAUCAAAUGGACAUUCAACUUAAGCAAGGCUCCGUGGUGGGGCGGCCAGUUUGAAAGAAUAAUCGGACUUGUAAAACAGUCUCUUUACAAGGUCAUCAGAAAAGCAAACCUAAAGUUUCCAGAGCUCAAAGAAGUUAUGCUCGACGUAGAGACAAUCCUGAACUAUCGGCCAUUAUGUUACGUGGAGGACGAUAUCCAAAUGCCAGAGCUUACACCCAAUGUCAUGAUGCUAGGAAGUAAUAACGUUCUACUACAAGAGGAUAUUGAGGCGAUCAAGGAUGGAGAUUUAAGAAAACGAGCUAAAUAUCUUGAGCGAUGCAAAGAAAACAUAUGGAAGCGGUGUUCCAAUGAGUAUGUCAAAGCUCUAAGAGAGAAGCAUAAUCUAGUGCAUCAUGGGACAGAAAACCAGAUAUCAGUGGGAGAUGUUGUUCUCAUCAAGGGUGAAGCGAAGAAUAGAGGCGGAUGGGCAAUUGGAGUAGUUGAGAGUCCUAUAAAGGGAAAAGAUAACAUUGUCAGAGCAGCUAGGCUAAGAUCAAAGAAAACAAGAAUAGAGAGGGCAGUGCAAAUGUUAUACCCUCUGGAGCUAGCAUGUGAUGAGGAACACAAGAAGACCGAGGCAAGAGUGAACGAUAAAGAGAACGCACAACUUAAUGCACAAGCGAAGGAGUUCAGACCAAAGAGGAAAGCAGCUACAAUUGCGGUAGAGACAAUUAGAGAGACAUUUCGUGAUGAAGAGAGAGAACUUGCUGAUGAUUAA